AUGGCUAAGAAGGCAAUUGAUUCUCGUAUUCCUUCUUUGAUUAGAAAUGGUGUUCAAACCAAACAAAGAUCACUGUUUAUCAUAGUUGGUGAUAAAGCACGUAAUCAACUACCAAACUUACAUUAUUUAAUGAUGAGUGCGGACUUAAAAAUGAAUAAGUCUGUUCUUUGGGCAUAUAAGAAAAAACUUUUAGGUUUCACAUCCCACAGAAAAAAAAGAGAAAAGAAAAUCAAGAAUGAAAUCAGAAGAGGUACCAGAGAAGCAAAUGAACGUGAUCCAUUUGAAAGUUUUAUUUCAAACCAAAAUAUUAGAUACGUUUAUUAUAAAGAAACUGAGAAGAUUCUUGGCAAUACAUAUGGUAUGUGUAUUUUACAAGAUUUUGAAGCUUUGACUCCAAACUUAUUGGCAAGAACAAUUGAAACAGUUGAAGGUGGUGGUAUUAUUGUUAUCCUUUUAAAAACAAUGUCAUCCUUAAAACAACUAUAUACCAUGUCAAUGGAUAUUCAUUCUCGUUAUCGUACAGAAGCUCAUGAUGAUGUUGUUGCUAGAUUUAAUGAAAGAUUUAUUUUAUCUUUGGGUGGGAACAGUAAUUGUUUGGUUGUUGACGAUGAAUUAAACGUAUUACCUAUUUCUGGUGCAAGAAAUGUCAAAGCUUUACCUCCAAAUGAUUCUGAUAAAUUAACUCCAAAGCAACAAGAAUUAAAAGAUUUGAAAGAAUCUUUAGAGGAUGUUCAACCAGCAGGUUCACUAGUUGCAUUAUCGAAAACUGUAAAUCAAGCUCAUGCGAUUUUAACAUUUAUUGAUGCUAUCUCUGAAAAAACAUUAAAUUCCACUGUAGCCCUCACUGCAGGUAGAGGUAGGGGUAAAUCUGCAGCUUUAGGUAUUUCUAUAGCGGCUGCUGUGGCCCAUGGAUAUUCUAAUAUUUUUGUCACAUCACCAUCACCAGAAAACUUAAAAACCUUAUUUCAAUUUAUUUUUAAAGGUUUUGAUGCUCUUGGAUACCAAGAACAUAUCGAUUAUGAUAUCAUACAAUCUACUAAUCCUGAUUUCAAUGGUGCUAUUGUCAGAGUAGAUAUUAAACGUGGUCAUAGACAAACAAUUCAAUAUAUCAUUCCGCAAGAUAAUCAUGUUCUUGGUCAAGCUGAAUUAGUUGUUAUUGAUGAAGCAGCUGCUAUUCCAUUACCUAUUGUUAAGGGCUUGUUAGGUCCAUAUUUAGUCUUUAUGGCUUCUACUAUUAAUGGUUAUGAAGGUACAGGCAGAUCCUUGUCCCUGAAACUAAUUAAGCAGUUACGUAACCAAUCCAAGGGUACUGGUCGUGAAGAUUCCCAAACGAUUAUUACCUCAAGAGACAAAAAACCAAACACAAUUUCUUACUCUACUAUAGGAACUCGUCAAUUACGUGAAAUAUCCCUAGAAGAACCAAUCAGAUAUGCAGAUGGAGAUCCUAUCGAAAAAUGGUUAAAUAAACUAUUAUGUCUAGAUGUAACUUUAAUAAAAAACCCAAGAUUUGCAGCCAAGGGUACUCCACAUCCCUUUCAAUGUAACUUAUUUAUUGUUAAUAGAGAUACUUUAUUCUCUUACCAUCCGGUAUCCGAAAAUUUCCUAGAAAAGAUGAUGGCUCUUUAUGUCGCGUCCCACUAUAAGAAUUCCCCUAACGAUCUUCAAUUAAUGAGUGAUGCACCUGCUCACAAAUUGUUUGUACUACUACCACCAAUUGAUCCAAAAGAUGGUGGUAAAAUUCCUGACCCAUUAUGUGUGAUACAGGUUGCUCUUGAAGGUCAAAUUUCUAAGGAGAGUGUAAGAAAUUCUUUGUCCAGAGGUCAAAGAGCUGGUGGUGACCUGAUUCCAUGGUUGGUCUCCCAGCAAUUCCAAGAUGAAGAAUUUGCAGGUUUGAGUGGUGCUCGUAUUGUAAGAAUUGCCACCAAUCCUGAAUAUGCAUCCAUGGGGUACGGCUCUCGUGCUAUUGAGUUAUUAAGAGAUUAUUUUGAAGGUAAAUUUACCGAUAUGUCGGAAGAUAUCGAACCAAAGGAUUAUUCCAUCAAGAGAAUCGAUGAUCAUGAAUUAGAAAAGGACAGUUUGUUAAAAGAUAAUAUUAAAUUAAGAGAUGCCAAGACUUUACCACCAUUAUUAUUAAAAUUAUCCGAACAACCACCAGAAUUCUUACAUUAUCUAGGUGUCUCUUAUGGUUUGACCCAACAACUACAUAAAUUUUGGAAGAAUAAUAAAUUUGUCCCUGUUUAUUUGCGUCAAACUGCCAAUGACUUGACUGGUGAACAUACAUGUGUAAUGUUAAAUGUGUUAGAAGGUAGACAACCUGACUGGUUAAUUGCAUUUGCAAGAGAUUUUCAUAAAAGAUUCUUAUCAUUAUUAUCAUAUGAUUUCAAAACAUUCACAACUGUACAAGCUUUAAGCGUUAUUGAAAGUGCCAAGAAGGCUGAUGAAUUAUCAAAUGAUAAUGGUAAUAGUAUCGCCAAAUUGACAAAGACCCAAUUAGAUGACCUAUUUUCACCAUUUGAUUUAAAGAGAUUAGACAGUUACGCCAACAAUCUUCUAGAUUAUCAUGUUAUUGUUGAUAUGAUUCCAAUGUUAGCUUUACUUUACUUUGGUGGGAAAAUGAGUAGUACAGUCCAUUUAUCCAGUGUUCAAAGUGCUAUACUAUUAGCUAUAGGUUUACAGCGCAAGAGCAUAGAUGAUAUUACUAAAGAAUUGAAUUUACCUUCAAAUCAAACAAUCGCUAUGUUUGCUAAAAUAAUUAGAAAAAUGUCUGUUUAUUUCAGAGAAGUUAUCAGUGAAGCUAUUGAAGAAACGCUACCAACAGAGAUGUUAGUAGAUGAAACAAUCGCAGAAAUGAAUGGUGAAGAGAUUAGGAGUUAUAAUGCUGCUGAUGCAUUAGAUAAGAUGGAGGAAGACUUAGAAGAAGCUGGUAAUGAAGCUAUGAAAGCCAUGCGGGAAAGACAAAGAGAAAUGAUUAAUUCCUUAAACUUAGACAAAUAUCAAAUUGAUGAUAACAGCGAGGAAUGGAACGAAUCUAAAAAAAGUCUAGAAAAGGCAGCAAAAAGAAAUAGUGGUGUAGUAAGUGUAAAAACCGGUAAGAAAAGAAGCACAGAGAAGGCAGAAGACAUUUACAAUAGCGAAAUGAAGCUGCUAAAAAAGUCAAAGAAAUCUAAAAAAUCUUCUCGCUGA